CGUGGAAAUUAGAUUGUUUGAUGUUGUCUUAAAAGCAUUAUUAUGGUGCAGCAUCUUUGUGGAGAGAAGCCAUGGUGGGGCCUUCCAUUGCCCAUAGUGGAGCAUGCUCUCGUCACUGAAAGUGGAAGCUGUAAUGUCAAGCAAAGCAAACACCCGCCCUCCCUCCCUCCCUCCUCGCAAAAAUCUCCAUCUCCACCCACCCCCCAACCCAACACUGCCCAUUCCCAACCCAAAAUUUUCUCGCCUUUUCCUUGCGAUUUUCUCGCUUUUUCCCACUCAAUUCCACCUACUACCCGUCCUCACAACCCCAUCUUCCCAGAAUUCCUCCACUACUGCUGCGAUUCCGACUUCUCGGGAAUCCUCGAAAUCUACGUCCACCAUGCCAGGAACAUCCACAACAUUUGCAUCUACGACAACCAAGACGUCUACGCCAAAUUCUCACUUACCUACAACCCCGACGAGGCCCUCUCCACCAGGAUCAUCAAUGGCGGCGGCAAGAACCCAGAAUUCAACGAGAAUUUGGUCCUCAAAGUCACCCAAUUCGACGCCGUCCUCAAAUGCGAGAUUUGGAUGCUGAGCAGGGCCAAGAAUUUCAUGGAAGACCAGCUCCUCGGCUUCGCUUUGGUCCCAAUUUCUUCCGUUGCCGGCAAAGGUAAAAUCACCCAAGAUUUCAGCCUCUCGUCCACCGAUUUGUUCCACUCCCCCGCCGGAACCGUCAAACUGAGCCUUUCCCUGAUCACCACCACCAAUGUGCCGCCCAAUCCCGCCGACCAUUCGUCGAUUACUUCCGAGGUUGUCCUGUUGGACAGGAAGAUCUCCGAGGUUGCCUUGGACAAGGUCGAGUAUUCCAGGAUCGAAUUCCCUGAUAUCGACAUAGUCAGGGAAAACCAGCAGAUGGUUUCUCAGUAUUUUGACUUAGCAUCAGGAGCAGGGCAUGGCUCGUUUCUCCACCUGGGUGCUGCUUCUCAUGAAUCUCAUCACCCGGUUGACGACUAUGAAAUGGCCGCAAAUUCAUCCGAGGACAAUGCCAAUUCAUCGGUCUCCCCCAGUGGAAGCAUUCAGAACUCUGGGUUCUUUAGCUCCACAAUGACAAGCUUGAGUGAUGAUCGAAACUCAGCCGAUUCCAUGGAGAAGAAGAACCAGUUGGCCGGCGAGUUAACCAACUCUGCUAAUCCCAACCCGGGUGCUUGCCCGGACACUCCUACCUCGAAGAAGGGGAUCGACGAAAAGGACUCGAAAUUUUCAGGCAAGGAAGAGAAUAGCAAUGAGCAGGGGAGCAAUGUGGGCUGUGCUAAGUUUGGGGAAGUGUUUUCAGCCCCAAUGGGAAGCAUCAAUCUUGAGGCCGAGCAGUCGGCGAUGCAGCAGCAGAUAGUGGACAUGUACAUGAGGAGCAUGCAGCAGUUCACCGAAUCCUUGGCCAAGAUGAAGCUGCCAAUGGAUCUCGACAAGCCAGAAGGAGAAAACCGGGGCAAUGUGAUCCAGAACAGCAAGAACAGUUCGGAUGUUGAGAAGAAAAAGAAGAACGACGGCUGCUCGAGGGUAUUCUAUGGCAGCCGGGCUUUCUUCUGACCAGUGCCGAUGGCUGCUGCCAGGUUUGUAUUAGGGUUGCUAGUUGCAUCUCAACAACAUAUCAAGCCUUUAUCCUGCUUCAUUCGCGGUCGAGGUUAGGUCGCCCACAACGGUUGAGUUGAGUUUAAUUUAUCCAUCAAUCAAUGGUUGGUCAGAAGAAGAGAUUAAUUGCUGUAGCCUUUGCUUAACCCCCUUUCUUUCUUGUUGAUGAUGAGCAUGUUUCCUGCCUAUUCUCAUCUCUGUUUAAUUUAACUUCCAUGACUGUUGCUUCUGUAAUGUCUUUCAGCUCUAUAAGAAAUUUGUUUGGGUUGUUUUAGAUCUUGCUUAAGCUUUGAAUUUUGUUACUUUUUUGAGUCCCAAACCGUGGCUAAAAAGCAUUAGUUUGUUCA